AGAUACUAAUUGUUAUCUCAAAGUAGUCAAAUCCGACUAAGGUUCGGGCUACAACUAAAAAUCGUCCCGCGUGCAAAGAAGCCCGACUCCGACAAGAACUUGAAUCGGACAGCUACUCGGAGGGAUUCGAGAAAUAAAACGGAACCCGAACCUUUGUGCCGCUCACUCUUGUUGCACGAUCGUCUACCAUGGCUUCCCAGUCGAAGCCACUGUUCGGCGAGCCCAUCUCUCUGGCUGGCCCGACGCCCGCCGACCACGAGAGCACGGCGCAGCUCGAGAAGCUCCUGCGCGAGGCGGGGCUGUACGAGAGCCCUGAGGAGUCGGCGGUCCGCGAGGAGGUGCUGCGCGACCUCCAGGGCAUCGUCGACCGCUGGGUGAAGCAUCUCACGUUCCAGCACGGCUACCCGGACACCAUGGUCAACGAGGCCACCGCCCUGCUGGUCCCGUUCGGCUCCUACAGCCUCGGCGUCCACGGCCGCGGCUCCGACAUCGACGUCCUCGUCGUCGGUCCCUCCUACGUGGACCGUGACCACGACUUCUUUGUGGUGCUGACCGGCGUGCUGGCCGAGACGGAGGCGGUGACGCACCUGCGGCCCGUGCCCGGCGCGCGCGCCCCCGUCAUGAAGAUGACGUUCCGCGGCGUGCAGGUGGACCUCGUAUACGCCAGCGUCGGACUCCCUGUGGUGCCCAGGGACCUGGAUCUGAGCGACCGGUCCUUGCUCCGCGGCCUGGACCAUGCCACCGCCCGCAGCCUGAACGGCGUGCGAGUGGCCGACGAGAUCCUGCGGCUGGUCCCGGACGCCGGCGCGUUCCGCACGGCGCUGCGGUGCGUGAAGCAUUGGGCCAAGGAGAGGGGCGUCUACUCCAACGUGGCGGGCUUCCUGGGCGGCGUGUCCUGGGCCAUCCUGGUGGCGCGCGUGUGCCAGCUCUACCCCAACGCCGCGCCCAGCAUGCUGGUGUCCCGCUUCUUCAUGGUGUUCAGCCAGUGGAAGUGGCCCACGACGCCGGUGAUGCUGUGCGACAUCGAGCACGACGCCGAGCUCGGCCUCCCCGUCUGGGACGCGCGGACGAACCCACGCGAUCGGAGCCACCUCAUGGCCGUCAUCACGCCGUCGUACCCGUGCAUGAACUCGACCUACAACGUCUCGCAGGCCACCCUGCGGGUCAUCAAGGAGCAGAUCAUGGCCGGCCACGCCGCAUGCCAGGAGAUCGCCUGCGGCCGCGACUGGGGCGCGCUGUUCCAACCGUUCCAGUUCUUCAGGGCGCACAAGAGCUACCUGCAGGUGGACGUGACGUUGGCCGGCGGGGAGGAUGGGCUCAGAGAAUGGAAGGGCUGGGUGGAGUCGCGGCUGCGGCACCUUGUGGCCAAGGUCUAUAGGGACACGUCCGGCGAACUGCUCUGUCACCCGCACCCGCACGCCUACAACGCCGAGCCCCGUGGUUUGCAGUGCACUUCGUCCUUCUUCGUGGGCUUGUCGACCAAGCCACAGCAGCAGCAGCAGCCGCGACAGAGAGGGCAGUUCGACCUCCGUGCGACGAUGGAUGAGUUCAUGCAGGACGUCUACGCGUACGAGUUCUGGAGGUGGCCCUGCUUAGAGCUGGCCGUCUCGCACGUCCGAAGGAAGGACCUGCCAUCGUACGUGCUCCAGCAGAUUCGUCCCAAUGGUCAUGAGCUCAAGAGGAAGCACGGCAACGAUGGAUCUUCCUCUUCGCCGUCAUCGCCUUCGUCGUCCCCCUCCCCUGCUGAUGACGACUCCUGCCCAAGAUCGAGCAGCAGGGCAAAGCUGAAUCCAUCGUAG